GCCUUGCGAAUCACUCCUGCUCUCCAGACAACACAGUGAGGACGCUCUCCUAGCAGACCCUUCUAUAGCUGAUCAGGAAUCUAUCGCCGACGGUCGGAGCUGCCGCCACAUAUUAGGGAAAAAGCUAGGAGCCAGCUGUGUGCGAGUUAGCACCUGGGGCAGCUCUGCCUGGGCUACGUGUGCGACGUCGACUGGCCGGCACGUCGCGUACUGGUGGAUUUCGCUGGUUACCUGCAGCCCCGGUGGUUGCCCAUCGUAAAGGUUCGCAAACAUAAGCUCGUCAGAAAUGAAGAAAUCCACUCAGGAACGCCGGUCACUGCCGCGUGGCGGAUGAGCAUCGACCGACUCUACGUAUUUCAACCAGCGCGGAUCAUCUUUCCCGAUACUUAUGGCGAUUACGGUCCAAUCUGCGUGGAAGUGACACCACCGGACGGCGGUAUUCCCAUUCGGAAAUUCCUCCAUCCUAUCCAGCUGCGUAAUGUUCCGACGUAUCCACAAAAUCACUGGGAAAUCGAAAAUUCACUCUCCGUUGUCGAAUACUGUCGUUUGCUGCAGAAAAAAACGGCGCUACUCGAGCCCGGUCAGUAUGCGGAAAAUAUUGAUUUGCAGUAUUUAAUGCGGGCACUGAGUGACAUUCCCUGGAUGAAAGUGGUGCGGAUAUGGAUAGACAAAACAUGCGUCCAAUGUGUCUACACGAAAAUCAAACUGGGCUUUCUUUCUAAUUCGCAUUUGAGCGAUCUAGUCUGGAGAUCGUCCCGGUGUUGCGACAAUGCGCGCCCAGCACUUUUAUUUUACGACAACACUGACUCCAGCGGAAUUCAUUGCACGUCUUUGGGAAUGAUGCCGUACGAGCUGCAAGAGUGUGUCCUGCAAGAAAUCCAAGAUGUUCACAGCGUCGUUAGCGCUCAAAGAGUCUGCAUGGCCUGGUACGAUAUUCUAACCAGUCGGCGCCGCAACCGCCACGUCGCAAUCGAUUUGGCCAUCCUAGCAUCCAAUAGCCCAAAUGACGGGGAAUACAGCCGGUCGCAUCUGCUCAACAUCCUCGAUAACAUCGUCACACCAGCCACCGUGUCUCUGACACUGAUGAACGGUAAUCUGAGCCCGGAUUUCGGCCUGUACGUUCGUCGGUUUUUGUCGCUAAAAGUCGCACGUCUGCCGAUGAUCGCCUUGAAAAACGUUCGAUGCAUGCUUGUUCCGAAGACCUACGAGGAGAAGCGCCUGCAACAGGCCAACCUCGGUUACUGGAGGCAGGCUUGCCAAGUACUACAUCUGCGUGACGUCACUAUUUCGACCGUCUACAUGGCUGACAUGUGGCCGAACGAUGAUGUUUUCGUGGAGAAAGCCGUAAUGCACUGUACGCCCAGGAAAGCGGUUCGGCACUGACAAGCUUUCCAGGAUUUGAAAGCCAACUGCGCUGUGCUGUCCGCCUGAAAACGGGAAGCAACUGACCCUGCCAUGCAAACAUAAUCACGUAUGCCACCGACUGUUAUCCAUUCUUUAAUUGCAUGUAUUUAUCACCCCGGUCUCGAAAAAAGGAGCACGAAUGGGUCAUUUUCUAUACAUGUUUACAAUUAAUGAUAAACUUCCCUUCCCGCCAAACAUAACUGCUUGAAUUGUAGCUUACUGAUUAUGUACGUGUUCAUGCAGAGUGUUAUCUGUUAUCUCGGGAUGCGCACACG